GCAGAUCUGGCUACAAGUAAAGUAAUCAAUCCAUGACCAUGAGAUGAGAGAGGAGAGAUGAGAGUAUAUCUACGUUGCUGCAUAUAUAUUAUAAUAUUAGCAAAUUGUAUAUAGAUCACAUUCAUGGGGAGCAGGGCCAGUGCAGUACCACAUAUAUAUAUAUAUAUAUUUGUAUAUUUACACACACAAACGCUUCCCAAGAAUCCACUGUAAAUUAAAUGAAAGAAGUAGCCAGCCGGCCAGCCUACUUCCCUUUCCUUCUACCCAAGUCUCCCCAUUUUAAGCUCUAAACUCUUGCCAUUUCCAACGUUCAAAAAGAGAGUGGUUUCUCGGCUCUUCCCUUUUGCCAUUCUCGAUCGCCAUUUGCUAUUUCUUGACAAGGUGUUCCUAACCCUGAAGAUGCCGAGUUUCCGGGUGGAGCUACUUGUUUUUCGUUAGCUUUGGCCAAUCAUUCAUUGUUCUUCCUUCCCUUGGUGGCUUGAAUUGGUUGGUCCAUUGAUUUUUGUUUCACUCAACAAACAUGGCAAUGGAGGUGGCGGUCACUCGGAAAGCCAGGCUGCAGCUUUUCUCUUUAUGAAAAGGAAGCGUUGCAGUGGGCAUAAACCCAUGAUAGCUUUCCAUUUGCCAGAUCUGUCACCGCUCUGCUCCCAUUUCAAUUCAAGAUCCGGGUCCUAUUUUCUAUCUUGGGAUUUGCGUCUAACACCUUGUGGGCAUUGCAUUUUUCAUAUAUAACACUGAGUUUAGCAUCAGAGAGGAGUGAAAAUGAGAUCCAUUGAGGAUAAGGGGUGUUUGAGCCAUGGACCAGCUCAGGAUAUUGCAACUAGCAACGCCAUUAAUUUUGAGUUCCAGAGAGGAAACGGGCUAAAUCGAACUCCUCACCAUCGAACGGCCUUAGGCAAACCGACGCCAUCCAAGUGGGACGAUGCACAGAAGUGGCUGGUGAACUUGUCCAGAGGGGGAGAGAAGAAUCAGUCCAAAACCAAGCCCCGGAAUUCGAAUGCCGAUGACCGGAGAUUGAUAGCUCCGGUUGCAAAGGAGGAUGACUGUUCGAGCGGCGAGUAUGAACAAGAAGCCGAGGAAAAUGGUGCGAAUUCGGUGAUCCAGUAUGAAGUGCAGACGAAGAAUGUGGACUGUGAGGAGUCCGUUUGGCGGAUCAAUAAGCCCUCACAGAAUUGCACAUCAGCUGUUCGAUCAAUUUCCGUGAGGGAUAUGGGAACGGAGAUGACCCCAAUUGCUAGCCAGGAGCCAUCAAGAACGGCAACUCCAAUUAGAGCCACGACGCCGGCGGCUAGGAGCCCGAUUUCUUCGGGGUCCUCGACCCCGGUGAGGGGGCAACAGAGGGUGCAGGGCCUAGAGAAUUAUCGGGCAUUGCCAGAAAGCAGAGGUGGCGCCAAUAGAGUCAGCAACCGCGACUUGGAAGAAUCUGGCUCUGGCAAGGUAGCCGAGAGCAACUAUUCGGAUCAAGCUAAGAAGCUCAAUCCUCUAGAAACCCGAGCAAUGGCUUGGGAUGAGGCUGAACGUACCAAGUACAUGGCAAGGUAUAGGCGUGAAGAGGUGAAGAUACAAGCAUGGGAAAAUCACGAGAAGAGGAAAGCUGAAAUGGAAAUGAAGAGAAUUGAGGUCAAGGCUGAGAGAUUUAAAGCUCGAGCACAAGAGAAGUUAGAGAACAAACUUGUUGCGACGAGGAGAAUAGCGGAAGAGAAACGUGCAAAUGCAGAAGCGAAACUAAAUGAUAAGGCUGUUAGGACAUCAGAGCGUGCAGAUUAUAUAAGGAGAACCGGUCAUCUGCCAUCUUCCUUCUCUUUCAAGCUCCCUUCUUUCUGCUGGUAGCUACUUGUAGUUAGUUUGACCCCACAUAUAUAUUUUAUGGUAAUUCUUGUUUAUUUGUUGGACCUCUGCAUGUGGAUUCACAUGGCAAGUGUUUAAUUGUUGAUGUUGCAAUCCUGGGGCUAUAGUUCCUCCAGUGAAUUCUGAAUUCUCCAUCCUAAAUAAACUUAAUGUGUGAUGAUUAAA